AUGGGGGAGCGCUUAUUAGUGCGAUACUAUCGCGACUCGAAGACCAGUUCAGUGCAGGCGAUCGGGGGCCUGUCGGUACCAGACCUGGAUUCGCGGUGUUCGAGCGAGUCGUCGAGGACGUUUGUGUCGUCAGCAUCACCGCUCACAGAGGCCGUGAGUGAUGGGUGGCCGCCGCAGGACGAGGGCCGAGCGGCGUGGGUGUUUCUUUUUGGGGCGAGCAUCAUAGAAGCUGUUAGUUGGGGAUUUCCAGCAUGCUUCGGCGUCUUCCGCGAGUACUACUUCACGCAUCCACCAUUCAAAGGCGUGAAGGUUCUCGCUGUGACGGGUGUGCUAUCGGAUGGCUGCCUGCAGAUGUUGAUGCCGCUGCUGCUUCUGUUUCUGAAACGUCAUCCUCAGUUCAAUAGGCGGAUGAUGUGGACUGGCCUUCUGUUUUGCGUUGUAGCCUGCAUAGGGGCUUCGUUUUCCACCAAGGCAUGGCAGAUAAUUGCAACACAAGGCGCCAUCUACGGUAUGGGCGCUGGAUUCCUCUCCGCGCCUAUCAUUGUGCUGAUGUCGGAGUGGUUUGACAAGCGCCAAAGCUUUGCGUACGGGAUCAUGUUCGGCUCUUCUGGGCUCUGUGGGUCGUUCAUGCCGACUGUUUAUUCAAAGCUCCUCCACGCAUCCGGACAACGCUUUACGUUACUGGUCUACGGUUCUGGGGUGUUGGUUCUAACGACAGGCGCAUUGUUGUGCGUCGGCCAUCGAAUACCCCUCAACGAGCGUGGGACUUUACACGAGGCCGAGAAGAUGCAUCCUCCGUCAUCGAGCAACUACGACUUCUGGACCAAGGCUUCGUUUUGGUUGCUUGGUGGCUCGGUCAUUGUUCAGGCGUGCGUGCUGAAUUUACCAGCCAUCUACCUCCCUUCGUUCGUCACGGAUCUGCAGUACUCUCCGGCGCAGGGCGCCAUUGCACUGAGCAUGUUUAACCUUUCCACAGCUUCUGGGCAAGUUGGGUUCGGACUAUUUGCAGAUCAUCGCAGUUCGUUCUACUCGACGCUCAUAAUGAGCACGAUUGUGAGUGGGCUUUCUAGCCUUCUGUACUGGGGCGAAGUAAAGUCGCUUUCUGCAUCUGUCAUAUUCGCCACAAUGUAUGGUGCAUCUUCUGGUGGUUUCGGCAUUCUGCGCAGUCGCUUUGCUGGCACGGUUGUUGGCGAUAGCGGCGACAGAGAGCAGAUCCUCAUCGUGCUUGGUCUAUUCACUGCAGCACGUGGGGCAGGAAAUGUCGCUGGUGGUUUCAUUGGGCAAGGGCUUGUCGAUGAAGACAUUUCUGUGCAAUGGAGGUCGUAUGGUCUGCAGAAGUGGAUGCCUCUGAUAUUAUUCGUCACCGCGGGUAUGUUGCUAGCCGGCGCUCUUGGGGGGCUGCAGCAGGUACAUCAACGUCUAGGGGCCAGGUGGAAGAACAGGAACCCCCAGUGGAAACGAUCGUGGCCUAGGAGUAUUGAAGAUCUCAAGAGUAAACUAUGA